ACAGCGCUACGCGCUGGGUAUUUUUUUUCCUUCCUCCUCCUGUGUGUGUGUGGUGGUUUUGUUGGUUUUUUUUUUCCUGGUGUUUUUUUUUUCUCCUCCUCCUCUCGGUGUGGACACCUUAAAAAUACAUAUAUAUAUAUAUAUAUAUGUGUGUAUAUACAUAUAUAUAUAAUCGAUAACUAUACGCGUGUACACACACACACACAGACACACAGGCAGGGAUGUGCGCGUAUAUACACGCGGCGGUAUAAAACACACGGGAGGAGGAGAGACAAUCCAGGGUGAAUUCCUCGUGCCUCCAUUCCCGGGGAAAGGGGGGAGCAGCCGCUCGCAAGCAUCACCCUUCUGUGGCAAGAGGCACCCGAAAGGAAAACUUCUGCAUAUCAAUGCACUGCCAAUGGGUUGUGUCCUUUGUUGUGACCUCAUGGUUUAACUGGGAAUAAAGAUGAGUAUAAGCAGUGAUGAGGUUAACUUCCUGGUAUAUAGAUACUUGCAAGAGUCAGGGUUUUCCCAUUCAGCAUUUACCUUUGGUAUAGAGAGCCAUAUCAGCCAGUCUAAUAUAAAUGGUGCUCUGGUGCCACCAGCUGCUUUGAUUUCCAUCAUCCAGAAAGGUCUGCAGUAUGUAGAGGCAGAAGUCAGUAUUAAUGAGGAUGGUACCUUGUUUGAUGGUAGGCCGAUAGAGUCUCUCUCACUGAUAGAUGCAGUGAUGCCUGAUGUGGUACAGACAAGACAACAGGCCUACAGAGACAAACUUGCACAACAGCAGGCAGCAGCUGCUGCAGCUGCAGCUGCCACCAACCAACAGGGAUCAGCGAAAAAUGGAGAAAAUACUGCAAAUGGAGAGGAGAAUGGAGCACACACUAUAGCAAAUAAUCACACGGAUAUGAUGGAAGUAGAUGGAGAUGUGGAAAUCCCUCCCAACAAGGCAGUGGUGCUGCGUGGCCACGAGUCCGAAGUGUUCAUCUGUGCCUGGAAUCCCGUCAGUGACCUUCUGGCCUCAGGGUCUGGCGAUUCGACGGCGCGGAUCUGGAACCUGAGCGAGAACAGCACGAGCGGCUCCACGCAGCUGGUGCUGCGGCACUGCAUCCGCGAGGGCGGGCAGGAUGUGCCCAGCAACAAGGACGUCACCUCGCUGGACUGGAACAGUGAAGGUACACUUCUAGCAACUGGGUCUUACGAUGGCUUUGCAAGGAUAUGGACUAAAGAUGGUAAUCUUGCCAGCACCUUAGGGCAACAUAAAGGUCCUAUAUUUGCGUUAAAAUGGAACAAGAAAGGAAACUUCAUUUUAAGUGCAGGAGUGGACAAGACCACAAUUAUUUGGGAUGCCCACACUGGCGAAGCCAAGCAGCAGUUUCCUUUUCAUUCUGCACCAGCAUUAGAUGUUGAUUGGCAGAGUAACAACACAUUUGCCUCUUGCAGUACAGACAUGUGUAUUCACGUUUGUAAACUAGGACAAGAUAGGCCCAUCAAAACCUUCCAGGGUCACACAAAUGAAGUAAAUGCAAUCAAAUGGGAUCCAACUGGUAAUCUGCUGGCAUCCUGCUCUGAUGACAUGACUCUAAAGAUCUGGAGUAUGAAACAAGACAGUUGUGUCCAUGAUUUACAAGCACACAACAAAGAAAUUUAUACUAUCAAAUGGAGUCCUACAGGACCAGGAACAAAUAAUCCAAAUGCCAAUCUUAUGUUAGCAAGUGCAUCCUUUGAUUCUACUGUUAGGUUAUGGGAUGUAGACAGAGGAAUUUGUAUUCAUACUCUGACAAAACAUCAAGAACCUGUGUACAGUGUAGCUUUCAGUCCUGAUGGCAGGUACCUGGCCAGUGGCUCCUUUGAUAAAUGUGUACACAUCUGGAAUACACAGACAGGUGCCCUAGUUCACAGUUAUCGGGGAACAGGAGGGAUUUUUGAGGUUUGCUGGAAUGCAGCAGGAGACAAAGUUGGAGCAAGUGCUUCAGAUGGUUCAGUUUGUGUACUAGACCUCCGGAAAUAGCGCUCUUAGUUGGAAGCCAUGGACCGACUAUGAAUGUGUACAUAGCCAAAAUGACUGUCCCUGACCCAUGUACUGCUAUAGUCCCAAUCGAACCAUGGCCAGUCCACUACAGCCAAAUGUAAAAGAAAUAUAUACAUAUACUGUAUAUAAAAAAAAAAAAAAGAGAAAAAAAAAAAAAGAGGAGAAAGAAAAAAAAAAAUUUACACCCUGAAGAGGAUGACAGAGUUUUGUCACAGCUUGUGAAUCCUGUUCACCAAGUGCUGGAAUCUGCUGUGCCCCAAAAUAACAUUUAAAGGUUUUUGGAUAUGAAAAACAGAAGAGAGCGAGAGAGAGAGAAAUAUACCAUAUACAAGAGCAGACCCAUAUACAUACCAAAAUCAGAAGAUACUAAUGGCAGCCUUCAUUACCCCUUCCCCCAUGAGAUCCAUUCUCACGUGGAUUUGUGGGGUGUUUUUGUUUUCCUUCUCAGUAGUUGAGCAGUUUGUGUAUACAGAGAAAAUGGACUUACAGAAAUCUGCAGCAGUAGUUUUUUUUCCUUUGCUUUUAAACAUUGAGUUUUCUGUUUUGUUUUGGUUAAGUUUACGGAUGCAUGAAGUAAGGGAGUGAUUUAGUUUCUUGUUUAUAUUUUUUCACCUUGGAAAAAAAAAAAAAAGGCGUUUCUU